GCGCCUUAAGACCACUGCGAUCUUUGAGCACUCUACGUGACUUGCAUCGGACAUGCUGUAAAUCCACGUUAAGUCUACGUCGGAGAUAAGUUCCCCUCGUACAUUGUUGUCUUUACGGCCACUUGACGAACCGACAGUCCAGCAGCAACGCGCUUUGUCAUCCGUUGAACAAGGCGCCACUUUUUUUCACGCCGAUGCGCUCCCACACGCCUGUCGAUACGUAAGUCCAGGAUGUUGGAUAUGCUUUGGAUAUUUGUAAUGGCAACCAUGCAAUGUUGUAUCGUGCACUGGCAUGCAGCCUGCGAAAUCGGUAGUGCUAGCGGGUCAAACGGUGACAUCAAAUGGGAUGGUUCGGUGACGUUCCGCCCGAAUGAAAUUUAAGCUUCUGCCAGGGAGAGAACGUUCAAAAAACGAGGUCUUUAAACACUUCAAGUGAUACUACUCUAUACUGGGACGCAUACGGACCGCAAUCUCUCUUGCUAUGGCGCCGAAAACCAUUCGUUGGGGCAUCCUUGCUACGGGGGCCAUCGCCGUGACAUUCACCAAAGAUCUGCUUGUUGACCCUACGACCCGCGGGGUUGAGGAUGUCAAACACACCGUGGUUGCAGCCGCCUCAUCUUCAUCUAAGUUACGAGCAGAUGCCUUCUUGAAAGAGGUAGGCGCACCAUCGGAUGCGAAGGGCUAUGGAUCAUACGAGGAGCUCGUCAAGGACCCGAAUAUCGAUAUUGUCUACGUUGCAACCCCACAUUCGCAUCACUACCAGAACUGCAUGCUUGCCCUGGAGGCCGGCAAGAAUGUCCUGUGCGAGAAAGCAUUCACCGUGAACGCCGAACAAGCAAAGAUCUUGGUCCAGAAGGCGAGAGAAAAGAACCUGUUUCUGAUGGAGGCAGUCUGGACUCGCUACUUUCCGCUGUCGAUUUAUGUGCGAGACACAAUCACCUCAGGCAAGAUCGGCCAUGUUCAACGUGUGACAGCGGACAACUCCAUGCCCUUUGGCGACCCUGACGAUCCGAGCAAAGUCGACAACUCUCACAGAAUGGUCAACAUGAAUCUCGCAGGUGGUUCUCUUCUCGACCUGGGAAUUUACAGUCUUACCUGGGUAUUCCAAUGCUUAUACACCACACAACCAGUAGAGAAGCGCCAGAAGCCAAAAGUUUUGAGCUUCAUUCGACCGUACUCGCAGACUGGAGCUGACGAGCUUACGACCAUGAUUUUGGAAUUUCCCAGAGACGAGAAGCUGGGAGGUCCUGCGCACGCGGUUGCAACCACAGGCUGCAUUGUUGCAUCGAUGCCAGGGGACAAUAGGGAGACACCUUCGGUCCGGAUUUCCGGUACUAAGGGUGAAAUCCAAGUGUUCCCACCUGCUUUCCGACCCACAAAAACGAGACUGAUUAUGCGAGACGGAUCUGUGGAAGAAAGAAAUUGGCCGCAGCCCGGCCCAGGCGUUGGCAGCGGUUGGAAGAACGGGUUUCUGGACGAGUUCAACGCAGAGGGAGAAGGCCAUGGUAUGUUCUGGGAAGCGGACGAAGCUGCAAGAGCGCUUGUAGAAGGACGUAAAGAAGGGAAAUACGAAGAUUUGAACGAGAGCAUCGUGAUCAUGGAGACAAUGGACGAAGUCAGAAGACAAGCAGGGAUGAAAUACCCUGACGAGAUUGAGACGACCAAGUAUCCGGUCGACCUGAAAGGAAAAUGAAUGACCUAUGAAUCAUGCACACGUGAUUUCGGUACUUGUGACGACAAAGAGAAGCCAGUGCGAUCGCAAGAAGCGAAAAUUCUCUAUUGGGCUUUCAAUUGUUUGUAUCAGGGUACAGAAGUCGUCUUACUGACGUGCAGAGCUCCCGUCAUGACGACAGAUGUCUCUUGCUUCGCAGAAUACAAUGCGACGCAGGAAGAAUGCCUGACACUGCAAAUCAAGUGAGGAAGAAUGCCUAGUUACUGUGAAUCUAGAAAAAUGUCAGUAAAUUGUCUUCGAAAA